AGUCGAAGCAACUUGCUUGUAUUGUUGAUGAAUUAUGAGUUUGAGCGCAAUCAUGCCGAUGAAUGCGAGUUGUGGAGCCAUAUUACUUAUAGUUAUGGUGGUGUCGAUGUUGCAUGUUGGAGUUGUUAUGAGUGGGUGCAUAGAGAGGGAGAGGCAAGCACUGCUGGAUUUCAAGGCAGCCGUGGUUGAUGACUACGGCAUGCUCUCUUCGUGGAAGGGUCGUGAUUGCUGCCACUGGAACGGUGUUGGCUGCAGCAACCUCACUGCCCAUGUAAUCAGUCUCGACCUUCACGGUGACUACAUCUUAACGAGAUAUUCCUACUUAGAACGACUUUUGAGAGGUAAGAUUCCCAGCUCGUUAGUGCAAUUGCAGCACCUCAGGUACUUGAACCUCAGUUUCAAUCGUUUUGAAGAAAACCAUAUCCCUGAAUUCUUUGGUAACCUCACCAGCUUGAGGUAUCUUGACCUGUCCAAUUGUUACUUUGGUGGAAGAACUCCAACUCAAUUUGGAUCUCUUCCUCAUUUAACAUACUUGAAUCUUUUUGCCAAUAGUUUAGAGGGUUCAAUCCCUUAUCAACUUGGAAAUCUGUCCAAGUUGGAGUAUCUUAAUCUCGAUCUAAAUCAUUUCCAAGGAACAAUACCAUCUCAACUUGGGAACCUUUCAAGCUUGCACGAGCUUUACCUUGACGGUACACGUGGUUCUCUCAAAAUGAAUGAUGAUGGACAAUGGUUAUCCACUCUUACCUCUUUAACCCAUCUUGGCUUGACCUCUAUAUUGAAUCUCAACAAUUCUUAUAAGUGGAUACAAGCCAUCAGUAAUAUCUCCACACUAACAGAACUCAGCCUAAUCAAUUGUGCACUUUCAGAUCAUUUUAUCUCUUCACAAACACUAAGUCUUUCCAUGUUCAAAUUUCCUAAUUCUCUUUCAGUCUUGGAUCUUUCUUAUAACACCUUCACUUCUUCCCUGUUAUUCCAAUGGUUGUCGAAUGUCACUUCCAACCUUGUUGAACUUGACGUUUAUUCCGGCCUCUUAGGGGGUUCCACACCUGCCACAUCAAAUCAUUUUGACAUCACAAUGCAAUCACUUGAGCGGCUUUACAUAUCUCCUGAUCAAAUCACGGCCAGGGAUUUCAAAUCUUUUGCCAAUGUAUGUACCUUAUCUUCUUUGAGGGUGUUUGGUACCAAUUUGACUGAAGAUUUGGAAUCAAUUCUUCAUAAUCUCUCAGCUGGCUGUGUCGUUCACUCACUUCAAGAAUUGGAUUUGAGCUAUAGUCAAAUCAUUGGCUCAAUACCUGAUGACCUUUCAAUAUUCCCGUUUUUAAAAGACUUGUCCCUUGAUUUUAAUCAGUUAAGAGGAAAAAUAGCUGACAAUAUCAGGUUGCCGUCUCAGUUAAAGGCUUUGUCCAUCAGUUCGAACUCUAUAGAAGGUGGAAUUCCAAAGUCAUUUGGAAACAUAUGUACUUUGGAAUCAUUAGACUUGUCUUAUAACAAUAUGAUAGGAGAGCUACCAGUUGCAAUCCAGCACUUGUCUGGAUGCUCAAGUCUCCAGUACUUGGAUCUCAGCAAUAAUAAAUUCAACGGAACCUUGCCUGACAUCACAUCAAUAUUCCCAUCUUUAAUAACAUUAUCUUUGUACGAAAAUAAGCUAAAUGGAAAGGUUCCCGAAGAAAUUCGUUUUCCAUUGCAGUUGGAGACUUUGAUGAUGAACUCAAACUCCUUGGAAGUUGCAAGUGAUAAUGUUGCAACAUUGCAUGGUGGGUCCGUAUCUUCCAAAAUGGUUGCAGACACAGAAAAACUUGAUCCAACUUGAUAUUUCCAAUGCUGGAAUUUCGGAUAUCACUCCAGAGUGGUUUUGGGCUCUAUCAACAAGGCUAAAUAGGAUGAACAUUUCGUACAACAAUCUCACCGGAACAAUUCCGAAUUUUGCAUUGAGGCUUGCGGGAUAUCCUUCUAUAUAUCUAGCUGCAAAUCAAUUUGAAGGCUCAAUCCCGCUAUUUUUACGAAGAGCUGUGUCCCUGGAUCUGUCCAACAAUAAAUUUUCAGAUGUUACUUCAUUUGUAUGUGCCAAUGAUACAGCUGAAAGAUUAGACCAAUUAGAUAUUUCAAACAAUCAUUUAUCUGGUCAAAUCCCUGAUUGUUGGGAGAAUUUUAAAUCAUUAGUUUAUAUAGAUGUGAGUAACAAUAAUUUUUCUGGACAAGUCCCCACUUCAAUGGGAUCAGUUCUUGAGCUUCGUGUAUUGAUAUUAAGAAACAAUAGCUUGAUGGGGGUGCUUCCUUUCUCGAUGAAGCAUUGCAAAAAUUUAGUGAUGCUGGAUGCAGGAGAGAACAAAUUAUCAGGAAUCAUUCCUUCUUGGAUUGGAAGCGGCUUACAACAACUGCAAAUGUUAAGCUUGCGGAAAAAUCACUUUUUUGGAAGUAUACCAUCAUCUCUUUGUUUUCUAAAUGGCAUUCGCUUCUUGGAUCUCUCGGUUAAUCAUCUGUGGGGCCCAAUUCCCAAAUGUUUCAUUAACUUCACUGCAAUGACCACCCAAGAAAGGUUCUUAACAGAUUCCCAUCAUCAUUCUUAUAUUG